CAACACGAGCCAACAUGGGGAUGGUUUGAUCUGAAACUCACCUCGUGUUUUUAUUUACUCGUUUUUAUUUAUUUAACGUUAUCGUGAUUAUUAUCUCUGUGACGGGGAGCGACAUGGAUCCGUCCAGGAGGAGUGAGAGUGACUGGCAGGGGCUGAUCAACGAGUUUGUAAUUUGCAAGCGUAAACUGGAGAGCAAGAAAGAGGCUCUCCUGAUUCUGUCGAAGGAGCUGGACACGUGUCAGCAGGAGAGGGAUCAGUACAAGCUGAUGGCCAACCAGCUCCGCGAGCGGCACCAGGGCCUGAAGAAGAAGUACCGAGAGCUCAUCGAUGGAGAUCUCUCUCUGCCUCCUGAGAAAAGAAAUCAAGUGAAUUUGGCUCAGUUACUCACGGACUCCAGAGAGAAAAGUCAUAAGCUCUCUGAGGAGGUGAAGGAGCUGAAACAGCGACUGGUGGAAUCCCAGGGAGAUAACAAGCUGCUCCGAAUGACCAUCACCAAACAGAGGCUGGGAGACGAGGAGGUCGGAGCUCGACACUUUCCGGCACACGAGCGAGAGGAUCUGGUCCAACAGUUAGAAAGAGCCAGAGAACAGAACGAGGUGCUGGAGCUCAGUGUGAAGUCGCUCACUGACGAGCUGCAGGACGUCCGAGCAGAGCGAGACGUGUUCCAGCAGAAGGCUCAUCGUCUCAAUGUGGAAAUGAACCACAUCGUGGGAAAUGAUGAGAUCCGGUUUCUCGACAUUGAUGCACUCUGCAUGGAGAACAGGUAUUUGCAUGAGCGCCUCACUCAACUCCAGAAGGAGGUCAACUUGCUCAAAACAAAUCUGAUGAAGUACAAGAGUGCCCUGGAGUGUCGGAAAAACUCUACAAUCGGAGGAAAAGCCAACAGCAGCGCUCUGACAGGAGUGCUCUCUGCCAAACAAGUGAAGGAAUUGUUGCUCUCUGAAGAAAACGGCUGCAGUUUACCGGUGACUCCUCAGUCCAUCUCAGACCUCAAGUCUCUGGCCACAGCUCUGCUGGAAACCAUUCAUGAGAAGAACAUGGUCAUCCAGCACCAGCGGCAAAUCAAUAAGAUUCUUGGAAAUCGAGUAGCGGAGCUGGAGAAGAAACUUAAAGCACUUGAGAUGUCGGGAUUAUGGAGGCUGCCAGGAGGAAAAGAGGCCGUCAUCCUGAACCCUCAGCCGGUGGAGUCACCACAGUCUCCUGCACAGGACGCUGAUAAAGGACCUGAAGACAAACCUGCCGAGCAGCAGAUCUCCCCAGAGGUUCCAGACCAAGACAGUGAAAAACCCGAAGCAUCAGAUCUUCAUGAAGAGGCCCCGCUGCCGUCCAGCGAGGAGACGUCCCCACAGAAGCCUUCGCACCAGUCGGCCGAUGAAGAGCCAGCCAGCCCUCAGAUGGAAAAGCCAAACAAAGACACACAGAUCGCCGUGGAUUUAGCUGCUUUAACACAGGAAGAGGAGUUACUGAGCGAUUCCCUUACCUCUGUGACGGAUGUGAAUGCACCUCGUCCGUCAGACCACGACACACAACUGAAUUUACACAACUCCGCCCCGAUAGGAGGAGGAGAGUCGGAUGAAGCUAAAACUGUUGAAACUGAGUGUGCUAUCAUAGAGGAAGACACUGUCGAAGCUGAGUGUGCUAUCACAGAGGAAGACACUGACAAAUCUGAGUGUGCUAUCCCAGAGGAAGACACUGUCGAAGCUGAGUGUGCUAUCAUAGAGGAAGACAUUCACGUUGCUUCCUCCUCCGCUGCCGCUGGUGUGAAGCAGCAGGACGUUGCCGCGCCAACCAAGCAGGCGGAGCUUUCAGAUGAGACUGAUGUUUGUGUCAGUCAGGAAGUCUGACGUCUUCCAGGAGCCGCUUACAGGUUGCCGAGCAUCACGAGAAAGUGUAACAAUGGUAAUUACUAAAUAUUAAUUUAUAAUUUAACGAUACUUAAUUUAUUUGUAUUAAUAAUGAGGAUUACAAAUGAGAAUUUAGCUGCCAGGCUGAAAAGACUGUCUAUAAUUGUGUUGUCAGUGGCCCAUGCAUGAAAGUUCAUGGUUGUCUACAGUCCUGAUUACAUCACUAUAUGUUUCUCUCUUUCCACUAAAGACAUUUGUAGAAAAGAAAUGUGUUCACACAGUUAACACUUACAUUGAUAUUAUAUCCCUUAGAAUGUUAAUCAAGCCUAAGAAAUAAGUGAUUAUUCUAAUUGUGCUUUCAUGUAUUCCAACCUUUGAACCUGAUGAAUUA